AUGACUUCCACAAACGACGUGACAGCGGCAACGAAAACGACGUGGAGCCUCCAAACGCACAACACCCGCGAACUCAAACUCAUACGUACAUCACCAACUAUCGUCGGCUGGGCUGCCGGAUCAUCACCAGACGUGGCUCACAUUGGCAGCGAAUACGUCGUCCUCACGCCUUUGGGACAGAUCUCGGGCCUGGCCGAUCAGCUACGCGACGCAGGAGACUCUAGUCGGGCGCAGAAAACGCCCCUGUUCGUCAGCGAAAAAUGGCAAGAUGGCGAAAAUGCGCUGCCGUCAACGUGGGGGCCCGCCGCGCCUCUUCCCGAGACAUCCUUUCAGGUCCACAUGAUCAACACGUUCUUCCAAGCACCGUUCCGCAUCAAUCGCGAUAAAUUGCAUCGCUGCUUCCUCGACAACGGCUUUUACAGUCGCCUUGAGCCAUACGAUAACGCAGGUGUAAACCUGCGCUAUCACUACAAAGAGGCGACCCGGGACGAUCCGGAGAAACAGGGCAGAUGCUCGGUGCAGAACAAACAAGCAUGCACUUGCAAGGACAUAUCCGUAUCGUGCUUUAACAGUGGCAAAAUGAAUGUCGCAGGUCUGGCCAAUAUGGAACAAGGGAACUUGAUAUAUCGGUUCUUACAGGAGUUCUUCACCGCACAUCGAUCCGAGAUCGAGGCGGCCACACAGGCGGUGGUAUCUUCCUACAGAUGA